UCAUCUCCCAGGUGGCAUUGCGAGCGGUCUGUUUCGAGGUGUCUAGCAACAGCUAUCAGCCAGACAGCCGGCGGCAACGGGAGCGCUAUUUCUCGGUGUGUCUUUCCACGAUUAUUCGCUGCCGGAUAUUCACAUUUAAUAGUCGCUUGGCUGAAAAUAGUGGAAAAAACAACCCUGACCCCUGCACAGAGAUAUGAGCGGCAGCGGGCGGCCCAGGACCAGCUCGUUUGCUGAGCCGCCAGGUGUGCCAGGAACCGCCGCUGCGUCCACCGGAUCAGCCGCUGCCGUGGGGAGCAGCACAGGAAAGUCCGGGGUCCCGCAGGCCUCCGGCAGCAGCUCGUCGGGAUGCCCGAACCCUAAGCUUACCAGAGACAGCGGGAAGGUGACGACGGUUGUGGCCACACCAGGUCAGGGACCGGACCGCCCCCAGGAAGUCUCUUACACUGACAUCAAGGUGAUUGGAAAUGGCUCGUUUGGUGUGGUGUACCAAGCUCGCCUCAUCGACAGCCAGGAGAUGGUGGCCAUUAAGAAGGUUCUGCAGGAUAAAAGGUUCAAGAAUCGGGAACUACAGAUCAUGAGGAAGCUGGAUCACUGCAACAUUGUCAGACUACGUUACUUUUUCUACUCCAGUGGUGAGAAGAAAGAUGAAGUGUAUCUCAACCUGGUGCUGGACUUUGUCCCUGAGACGGUCUACAGGGUUGCCAGGCAUUUUAACAAGGCCAAGAGCAUCAUUCCUAUCAUAUAUGUGAAGGUGUACAUGUACCAGUUGUUUCGCAGUCUGGCUUAUAUCCAUUCCCAGGGUGUGUGUCACAGAGACAUCAAGCCACAGAACCUGCUCGUCGACCCAGAAACUGCCAUCCUCAAGCUGUGUGACUUUGGCAGCGCCAAGCAGCUGGUCCGCGGUGAACCCAACGUGUCGUAUAUCUGCUCACGAUAUUAUCGCGCCCCCGAGCUCAUUUUCGGUGCCACAGACUACACGGCAAACAUUGACAUCUGGUCAGCAGGCUGCGUCCUGGCUGAGCUGCUGCUCGGACAGCCCAUAUUCCCCGGUGACAGUGGGGUCGACCAACUAGUAGAGAUUAUAAAGGUUCUUGGAACCCCGACAAGGGAGCAAAUCCGAGAGAUGAACCCAAACUACACAGAAUUCAAGUUCCCUCAGAUCAAAGCCCAUCCAUGGACCAAGGUGUUUAAGCCUCGCACCCCUCCAGAAGCCAUCACUCUGUGCUCCCGGCUGCUGGAGUACACGCCGGCCUCACGGUUCUCCCCACUAGAGGCUUGUUCACAUGCCUUCUUCGACGAGCUGCGCCAGCCCAACACACGACUGCCCAGCGGCCGAGACCUGCCCAUGCUCUUCAACUUCAGCCCCACGGAGCUGUCAAUCCAGCCCCAGCUGAACUCGACCCUCAUUCCUCCUCACGCUCGCUCUCAUACAGCUGCUUCCGCCCACGAUGGUACCGGUUCAGACUCAUCUCAACACAGUUCAGUACCUGGAUCUCUUAACAGCAUCUGAAGCAGCCUCUCACCUGCCUGCCUGCCAUCCUCACCCUUACCUCAGACACACACGCACACACACACAUGCACACACACACGUAUGCACACACACUGACACACACACACACACACACACACGCUCUACUGCUUUCCUCCAUGCUGCUUGCUCUCCUCUUAGAUGACCUGUUUCUGUACAGUCAACGCAUUGAACAAACAACAAUAGUCGUUUAGCUGCCAGGGUUGAAACUACGGCAGGAGAUUGUCACACGCUGCUGCUGCUGCUGCUGCUCGGGUGGUAUGUGAAGGUUCAAUAGUGGGGGCUGGUCCUCUGUAAUAUAACCUUUUUUUAAUCAGCAUUUUCUCCUUUUUCUUCUUUAUAUUUGUGUUUUAUUUAUUUGACUAAUUGAAAAGCAUCAAAGCAUAGCAUUUUUUUCCACUUCAGAUUAUUUUUUUAUAAUCUUCAGUGUUUUUUUUCCAUCCCUGUUAGUAAGGGGGUGGCCUGUACACUGCCUGUACAAGACUAGAACUAGCCCCAAAUAGGUCAUCAGGGUCAAGGAAAUCUGAAUUAACUCAGGACAGGAGAGCGGAUGCAGGGACUGAAGAAUUUCUUAAUCUUCCAGCUACAUUAUUUUACCAAUCCAGCCUGAUGUUUGUAAAUUAAACAUCCAAGUAUUGUUGUUUUACCUGCUUUCAGUCGCAGGUAGAGUAGAAAAAAAUCCAGUUAUCAGUGUUUGGCUGGAGGUGUUAUUGGAUUGCCUCUUACAUGAAUCAUGUUGAGUGACCGUUUUAUACAGACUGGACAGGAAAUAACCACCACGUCUUGUAUCCAUCUGUUUAUUUCCUGUUCUCAAGAGUUUUGUCUUGUAAAAUUAAUUAAUUUUCCUCUAAAGGAGAAGAAGUUCCCUUACCUGUUUGGAAUUCACUUAGACCUGUAAAUGUCAGUUGUGAAGAAAAGAGUGAAUGUGGUUUUAAGAUGAGCGUUUUAAAGUCGAUUGAGAAAAACAAAUUAGAGCCGUUGUAGUGCGACUGGAAGAACAUGACUGGAGGCUGCACAGUGUUUGCUCUCUGUCCUCCAGCGUCGUUAGUCGUGUUCAGUUGAUGAUUUAACGAGACCAGCGGAGCUCUGAAUACCACCUUUGUACAUCACCACAGCAACAGGAAACCCUGAGGCUUUCUAUAAUUCUUUAAUUGAUCAUAAAUAUUAAAGUCUGUUUCAAAACUAGAGCUCAGUAAGCAUUCUGUAUCGCAACACAAAUGCUUCCUAAAGACAUUGUUUCCAGAAAGAAGUCUUUGCCCCCUUUUAAAAACCUCUUAAUGUGCGUUAGAAAGUCCCAACAGCAGUUUUUUUUAUUAUUAUUAUUAUUUCUUGAAGGCAUGGUCCUUUUGAGCUUUCAAACGAGGCGAUGCAAUCAUGAUGUGUGAAGAUGUCUGUUAAUGAGAAGAAAUUAACUUUUUUGGGGAACUGUGGCCACUUUUAAAAAGUCUGAAGUAGUUUUAAUGGUAAAUUAUUAAUUUUAAAGCUUUGAAAAGAAUUUAAAAGAGGCAGAUAUAGUUGCACGAUGUUAGUCUAGCAUAUAAAAGAAUCUGUCUCUCAAAAACAUGUCACGGUCCUCUGGAAAAUAUCGGCAGACUAAAACUUAAAAAGACGUCAAAAAGACACUUUUGGGUGGGAUUGCCCUUUAUCUCAGAGAUCGGUCCUGUCCUGAUGUUAGUGUAAAAUAAAUGCUUUUGUUCUCAAGUGAAUUUUGGUCCUCCUUGUUGAUUAAAUGCAGCAGACAAAUGAAAGAAUCGGGACGGGGAUAUUGAAGUUACAUUAAACGUGAUGGGGGGGGUGUUGCUUCAUGUAAAUUUAUUUAUUUAUUAGUUUGCGGGUGAGGGCUGGAUGUCAGUUACAGCCAGAGAGGGAGAGCUCUGAAAUGGUGUCGCAGCAUCUUUAGCAAACUGUACCUCCAUCAGUGAGAAUAUAUGUAAAGUUCUGUCAGCUUUUACAGAAAGAAGCUUCGUAGAAAUUAAAAAAAAAAAAUAAAUCUCCGCUUCGGUUCAUUAGUGCUGACGUAUACAGAAGCAAAACAAAGGGAGAUGAGUGAAAGGCUUAAUGUGAAUAGUAGUUAACAUGAUCUUAAAGCAGGGGAGUUCCUGUCGUGUGCUCUCGUACUUCUGUCUUUGAGAGGGCCAAUUUGAAUUUUACCCCAUAAGAUUGAGAAGAGGAGAGACUUUGGCUGCGAUCGAAUAGUGUUUGUGAAAUGACCUGACGAUGUCUAAGGUGCUUCCUGUCUUAUUUCCUUUGUCAGAGGACACACUGGACCAUCCUCACAAAAGGAAAGGAGAUGAUACCAUCCCACCAAUCCAGUGACAUUUAAAAUGGCAUGUAUUUUAACAACAACUUGGUUCAGUAGGAUCUUCUGUCUUUACUUGAUCUCUUGAUUUUCUCAUCGAGGUCAAGGACAAGUGUUCACAGAAGAAACGGGAUGCAAUUUUUUUUCAACUAUUCGAUCGCAGCCCUUGUUCUACAGACAAAGUUCGCAUUAGGUUCAAGUGACAGUUCACCACAUAUUUUUCCCCAACAUGUUGUGCUGUUUAUCCAUCUAGAUUGAUUUGGUGCGAGUUGUCUUGUUUUGGAAAUAUCUGCCGUACAGAUGUCUGUUCUCUCUUCAGUGUAACUUGUUGAGCUCAAAAGCGCCCAAAAAAAUACUCAUGAAAAACUUAUCAGCAAUGUCUUUUUGUUUCCAGAGAUCAUGAGCCAGUAACUAAAGAUAAUCCACAGAUGAUGUUGUUUCAUGUAGGAACUAUUUUCUUCCUCUUGCUCCCUUAUACUUCAGUAUCAGGCCCAAUAGUGGCAAAAAAACCAAAACAUUUUGAAGGUUUUAAUGGUAUUUUAGAUUGUGCAACUUCCUGGAAAGUCAUUGAAAAUUAAUAACUAUUGUGCAAAAACACACAUUUAACACUUUUGUUACUGACUUGGGUGAAAUUCUGUCAUGUUUUAUGGAGAAAAUAUGAACAGGAAACACGCAACUAACAUUUUAUUAGCUGUCAUGUUCAUCUCCUCCAUGGCUGGUGCACACUUCGCUCAACACAGGUGCAGUGGAAAGAAAAUAGUCCCUACAUUUCUGGAAAGAGACUUUGCUGUUGAGUUUUUCAGAUGUAUUUUUUGGGCCUUUUGAGCUCCACAAGCCGAGUGACAUCUUGUUCUGUUACACUGGAGAGAAAGCAGACAUCUUUAUGGCUGAUUUCUUUACAACUCAGCAACUCACACCAAAACAAUUUAGAUGGAUAAAGAACUCGACAGGUGAAAUAUGUAUUUUUGAUUUGCAGGUGAACUGUCCCUUUUAAUGGUUAAGGGGUCAUAAAUCAGAAUGUACUAUCACAGUCCUCUCAAGUAUAAAAGUACACAAAUGUGUGUGUGUGUGUGUGUGUUUGUGUGUCUGACCAUAUCCCACCCUGCAGUCUGAACAGCCAGUGUUUUAGGGAUUAGAGCUGUCAACAAUACAGAUUUUUAGUCAGCAGUGCAGACCACUUGAAAGUUUGUAGUAUAGUAUUUGAUACUAUUGUACCCUGCCUCCACCUGCUGUUUGUAACCACGGCCAUGUUUCUGUUGAACCUUUUUUUUUUUAAUAUAAGUGAGAAGCUCUGAUGAGCCCUGAUCCUUUUUGAGUCCCGCCUCAUUCAGCACGUUCACAUUGAUUUCAUAACGAGGAGAGUGGAGAGCAUUCUUCAUUCUUUCCCACUAAAGUUUCUCUCCCGGCUGCCUCUCAGCUCCUGGUCCUGUCGGUCACCGCCGGCCACAUUCUGCUUUCUUUGUUGUAAAGAGUCCAACCAGCAUGUUUGAUUGACUCUGCAGGGCGCGUCACACUCAGAGCUGUCUGACUUUCUGUGGCUAUGAACAGGUGUGGAAGAAGCUGCACCCGGCGAGAGGAAUCAAACAUGGCUGAAUCUCAGAAGCCAUUUAUUCCCACCCCACCCCCACCCUCACUCUCCUUCUCUUAUCGCACGUGUAAAUAUCACUGAUUUUUAUUUUCCUCUUUUUACUUUUUAUUACAGAGUUGUUUAUAUCUCGUUUCCCUCAUCAUGCCGAUGAAGCAGUCUUAGUUUGUGCAUUUUUUGUAAAUAAGUUUCUUUUUUUCACAAUUCAAAAUGUAAAUACUGCAAAGGAAAAAAAAAAAAAAUCAGCCUACUCCUCAUGUUCGUCAACGAUCUUUCUCUCUCUUUCUCUGUCCCGUGGUCCAGUGAAAACUGUAAAGUCGCUGUUGUCGUCGUCACUCAGCUGUGCCCAGCCUGACUGUUGAAUGAAUAUUAUCAGGGUUCUGUUCCAAAAUGGUCUUUCCGAUCACCGACCUCUAUAAAAAACCGUAACUGACACGUGUCGUAUCGUCUCAUGUGGCAGCAGAAUCUUGAAUCCAGUCUCUCCCACCUUCACACCUUUAUCUCCUGUUGAUCUGAACAGUGUAAUAAAUGCAUAAUAUUUGAAACAGUGAUUUUUGUCUUAGUUUUUUACCGUUUAAAAAACCAUUUUUGUUAAGCACCUUACUGCCCAGUCACCCUUUUUACAGGCUGUAGAUUCUCCACAUGAUGGAGCUGUUCAGUCAGUUUUACACUGAGACAGUCACAGUGAAACAUAUUCAAGAUGCAUCUUUCAUUGUUUUUCUUUUAAGCCUCCUGACAUUUUACUGUAAUUAAAGGAACAGUUAUUAUCUACCCACCUGGUCUCAGUCGGGUGAAGCUUUGUACUCCACUAAACUUUUCUGGAGCUUCACAGAAAUACAGUGUUGUAGUAUUCUCCUAAACGGCUGAGGUAGAAGGGGACUUGAUUCAAAACUUUAAAAAAAAACCCCAACAACAUAAAAUGGCUCCAUACAGCUCAUCCGACAUUAUCCCAAGUCUGCAGUAGCCCCGAGGUCCAAAAACUGAUUUGAGAAGAUGUUGUUUACACCUUUUUUUAAAGAUGAGAUCUUCACUGUAGCUGCUGAGCUAACAAGUUGACAACAGUCUCGCAGGUUUAGAAUAAGAAAUUACAUCGUAUCCAACCAACUCCAGAUGUCUCUUCAUUUUCAAACUUUACAAACUCUUUUUACUACCUUCUCCUCAAAACCUGUAGACAGAUUUUAAUGUGUAAAAUCAUUUUAGUAAGUGUUGCUCCUUUUUGUUGUCUUGCCUGUAGGAGGCGCAGGAGAAACAGGACCUGCAUGUUUUUGUUUCUUUUCCUUCCACAUAUUCACUCGUGGUCAUUUUGGAGCAGAACUCCGUCCGUGUGGUUUAUUGUUGCUGUGCAGUAUUGAGAAGGAAAAAGAAAAAGACUUGACUGCAGGUGUGACGUCUGACUCGUGAUCUCAAAAGUGUUUAGUUGGACCAGAAAUCACUCGAUAUCCAGCUAGAAACUCAACAUGGGCAUUUUGUAUUAUGUGCUGUACGGCAUUCAGAAUUGCUGCUAACGAUCACGAGAUGUCAGAGACAGAAAUCUGUGUUGUGACUGCAGACAGAGCCACCUCUCCUGUGUGUGUGUGUGUGUGUGUGUGUGUGUGUGUGUGUGUGUGUGUGUGUGUGUGUGUGUGUGGUCAGGAAACAUGCAGAAACCUCAGUUCGUGUCACUUAACAUUUGAUUUGUUUGACCCCUCAUGCUGUUAUCAUCGGUCUCCUCUGUGCUGGUGGACUGAUGUGUGAUAGACGGAGGAAGAGAGAGAAACGAACACAAACCUGUCUGUCUCUGUUCUGUGUGUGUGUGUAUGAUAUGGACUCAUUUACUGUAAUAAAGUGAUGAAGCUGUGUUUA